AUGCCAGCCCCAGCUGCAGCUUGCUCGCUUCUUCUGCUUCUCCUUCUGGUGGCGCCGGUGGCCGCCGGUGACUUCGUCAUCCAUGGUGUCCGUUGGUCGGCUUGGGCCAACAGCGGCCACUUGACGGAGGGCCUCGUCAUCCCGGCGCAGACGUUCAGCGCCUUCACCUUCGACCUCUCGGUCGGCCUGCAGACCCUCUCGGUCAUCAUGGACAUCUCCAGCGAGCUCGUCUGGAUGCAGUGCGGGCCGGGGCUCAGGCGCAAGCCCACCUUCCUGCCCGGGCUCAGGCCCUCCUUCGCCCCGAUCGCCCCCUGCCCAUCAUCCGUGCGCAACAACUCUGGCUCCUUUGGCCAGAUCCACUACGCCGACCGGACUUGCCAUCCCGGCGACCACGGCUGCGCAGCCCGCUGCGGGUACGUGGAGCACAUCUACGGCGCCGGCAACGCGUCCGGCUACCUCGCCACCGAAACGUUCGGUUUGGGGAACAGGGUCUUCAUCGGCGUGGUGUUCGGCUGCAGCGGCAACGUCACGCUGCGGGACGGCCUCGACGGCGUCUCCGGCUUCGUCGGAUUCAGCAGGGGCCCCCUCUCCUUCGUCUCGCAGCGGCAGAUCUCCAGGUUCUCCUACUUCUUCGUGCUCCCCGACGACCCCGACAACGGCAAGGCCUUCGUUAGCUUGAGCUGGGCAGUCGCAGACCACCCCAAAGCUAAGGGCAGCCACACGCCGCUGCUGGUGGCCAGGCCCAACCAGGACCCUCACUUGUACUUGUACUACGUCAACCUCAUCGGCCUGCAGGUGGACGGGCAGCUCCUCACCGACAUCCCGGCGGGGACCUUCGACGUCCGGGCGAACGGCUCCGGCGGGGUGUUCCUCAGCACCACCCUGCCAUUCACCUACCUCGAGGAGGCCGCGUACAAGGUUCUGAGGCGGGAGCUCAUGAGCAGGAUCCGAUUGCAGGGCCUGGCUCCGUUGAACGCUACGUCCGGCCACAGCCUGUGCUUCCUCACGCAGCACUUCUCCAAGCUGAAGGUUCCCAAGCUGGCCCUGGUGUUCGACGGCGCCCACGCGACGAUGGAGCUCAAGGCGCAGAACUACUUCUUGCCCGUCCCUGACGGGCAGACGACGUGCCUGAGCAUACUGCCAUCGACCACCGGCGGGUCCGUCCUAGGCAGCCUGCUGCAGACCGGCAGGAAGAUGACCUACGACAUCCAUGGCGACGGCGGCGGCCGGCUGACGUUCGCGGGUGCUCCGGCGCCGGCAAAGGUGUCGCUGGCUACUCUUUUACUGGUGUGGGUGCUCCUCUUCUAG